AUGUAUCUCUCUUCAUUCAACGCACUUCUCCUUCUUCUGGCGACGCUAUCUGGCCCUGCAUCUGGAGCAUGUGUUCCUGGUGUAAAGACUUGGUGGCACGACAAAUCCACCAUUGACAUCCAGAGACCUGCGGCGCCUGAUGAAGUUCGAAGGUCACGCAGAUAUGAAGUGUCCGUUUCGGCGGCAAGCACCGGCCGUUUUCAACGCUCCUUUGUGUACGAGUCCAUCCCUCGCAAUGGCAACGGGAAGAUGUUCGAUCCCGCACAGACUGGCAAGGAGUAUAACCUCACAGACGGCGAUGGCGUCACUGUUGAGAUAGACGCCGGGAUCAGCAUGGCCUGGACUCAAUUUCAGUAUCGCAGAGAUGUCGAUGUUCGCAUCAUCUCUUCCGAUGGAUCAGCACUUGGUCCGGCUUCAAACAUCGUCAUACGGCCGGUCGACCUUGGUUUCAAAGUUAGGAGCCCCCAGCCAGACACAGUCGUUAUUCGGGUCCCGUACCAAAAGUCAGGCGCCAGAUUUUCUGUCGAGUUCCAGGAUGAUCUUUACACUUUUCGCUCAAAUGGCACAGACUACGUGGCGGAGGGCGGCGUCAUAGUCAGCGAAGAACCCAAGAACGCUCUCCUCAUCUUCGCGAGUCCCAUGAUUCCGGAUGAUCUUAUUCCCUCAAAAACGUCAACAGGAACCCAAGUGAUGAAACCGGGAAGUCUGACCCGGGAAGCAUUGGGAUCGAAGCCCACUCUGUACUUUGAGGCCGGGGUCUAUUGGGUCGAGAAAGACGGCCUUCUCGGGAAGGACCAUGUCAGACUCUCCCCAAGUACACACUACAUCUACUUCGAGCCGGGAACCUACAUCAAAGGUGCUUUCGAAUACACAACCCAGCACUCUGACUUCUACACCGUCGGCCACGCCGUAGUGUCAGGCGAAAACUAUGCCUACAUGGCCAACACGAUCGAGGACUACACUGCGGUCAAAGACGACCGCUACAGCCUACGCAUGUUCUGGCACCAGUCAGUCAUGGACAACCAGACGUGGCAUUGCAUCGGACCAACCCUGAAUGCGCCGCCCUUCAACACGAUGGAUCUCCACCCCAUGAACCACACACCGCACGAGGAGGACAACAAGGUGCAGAGCCACAUCCAGGACUACAAGCAGGUCGGGGCCUUCUAUUUCCAGACGGAUGGGACGCAAAUGUACAAGGGCACGGUGCGCGACGUCUUCUGGCACGUCAACGACGACGCUAUCAAGCUGUACCAUUCAGGGGCACAGCUCGAGGGCCUGACCAUCUGGAAGGCGCGCAACAACGCCAUCAUCCAGAUGGGGUGGAAACCACGUGAUGUAAGCGGCGUGUCCGUCAAGCAUGUCCGCCUGAUCCACAACCGCUGGAUCCAACCGAACGCAUAUGUGCCGUCGGCUAUCCUGGGCGCGUCACCGUUCUACGCCGAUCCAAAGCUGGUUGAUCCGUCGCGCAAGAUGUCGCUGCAUAUCAGUGAUCUUGUGUGCGAGGGUAUCUGCGCGGCUCUCAUGACGAUGGCGCCGCUUCAAAACUUUGACUUGCUCAUUGAGAAUGUCCACUUCGAAAAGAUGCAUGACGACGAGACAGUCAGACUUGGGCACAGCGUGGUGGGAAUGGAUGCCGGGGAGAACAUGAAUAACUACACGCCUGGCCAGGGAAAUCUGACACUUGGGAUCGUCAUUCGGAACUGGACCAUUGGAGGCCAGAGGGUGGAUGGUACGAAUUGGGGCGAGCACCUGCUGGGGCAAGUAAGCGUGCACCCAGGCUUUGAGGGUGAUUGGAGCAUUGAGUGA